AUGGACACUCUACUCAGAGAGGAGGGGAGUGGUGCCUCGGUAAAGGUUGAAGGCCUAUCCAAGGCAGCUCUAAUGAAAAGCCUGUCUCCCAGAGUGAUGCUGUCCAACCAUCUCUUGCCUAAAGGGACCAAGACGAAGGUCAACCUAGAGGAUCAGGGUCGUCAGAAAGUGUCCUUCAGCUUCUCACAUACCAAGAAGCCACUGCAGAGCCUGUUCUUCAUCCCUGCCAGCCCUGACAAGACCGUCGCCGAACCUCAGGCUGCCUUGUCACAGUCAGUCUCAGACAAAGGAGGGCAGAGUACAGACAGCAAAACUGAACAAAAGCAGACACCUGUGGUGCCAACAUCAAUAGCAGAGACACCUUCUCAAACACCAGUCUCCUCAGCCACUAAACUGAAACCAGACUUGGCAAAGAUGCAUUUCAAGAAGCAACUUCUCAGUGUCUCUGUGACUGAAGAGAAACCAACAUCUUUUAUGCCAGAGGAGCAGCUUUCCUCUGAAUUGCAGUUUUUGCAGAAGUCAGCAAGUAAGAGUGCAACUGAAUUCCCAACACCCCAGUCUCAGAAUGUCGUUGAUGUCUGCCCGUCUGAGAAUGCUCACAUUGAAGCCUCUGAGAUGAGGGUAACCCCAAGCCUCAAGAAGCCCGCUGCUUCCUCAGGAAAAGAUGGAGAGACUUCCAGCAGUACUGAGCAGGAUAAGGUAUACAAAAGGAAAACCAGGUCCCAGUCUAAUAGUGCGCCCCCUGGCUCAGAAUCUGAUGGAGAUUCAGUCCAGAUGUCUUCCAGUUGCAAAUCAGUUGACUCCAAAAGUAAAACAAACUCUGACAGCAGGAGCAAAGAGGUAAAAAAGUCUUCCUCUGGUUCACAUGUGGAGGAGAAGGAAAAAAGUUGCUCAAAGCGGUCAGAGAAUCACGAAAGGUCUUCUAGUUACUCCAAAUCAGACCGUGAUUCUAGACACACAUCAUCACGCUCGGCUCGAUCAGACAAAGAUCGAAGAAGGUCCAGGUCUAGAUCACGGUCUCGAUCAAGAGGGUCUCGAACAAGUUCAUCUCACUCCAGAUCAGAGAGGUCCAGAGGUGACAGAGGAUCACGCUCUGAAAGGUCAUACUAUCAUGACUCUGACCGGCGAUCACACAGGAGUUCUCCACGCAGAGAGAGAAGACGUUCUCGUUCUCGCACUGACAGAACUCGGGACAGUUCUGACUCUGAGGAUGACCAUAGAAAAACAAGGACAAGGACAAGUGACUCGAGUAGAUCGUCUGUCCAUUCAAGCUCACAUAAAGAGUCAAAAUCAUCAUCCUCUUACUCAAAAUCAGAGAAAGUCUCCAAAUCUGUAGAUUCUCCUCACUCUUCAGAGAUAGAUAAAAGAACACAAUCAUCAAAAUCUGAAAGGACUUCAAAACGAUUAUCAGACUCUGAUUCACAGCGUAAGUGCUCUCCUGAUCUGGACUCCAGUUACCGUAAACCUAGCAUCCAUCACAAGUCAGAGACCAACAACAAAUCCUCCUCUUCCAGUAUGCAUACCCACUCUCAAACACAUGAAAAAUGCCAAAAAAGCAGUUCCAGUGACUCUGAGGCAGAUCAUAAAGGAAAAUCAUCACAGGGCUUUGACAAAAGCUCUGGCUCAGAGGAGAAGAGUAAAAACUCCCUAAAGAAAACCAGUAGACCAGAUUCGAAACAGAUGACCCCUUCUAGAUCUUCUGUGAAAACCACUGGACAUGAUAGACAAUCAGAUGACAUGUUUCACAGUUCCAGCAAAGCACCGUCAUGUGCAACCACCACAGAACUUUGUUCUCAGAGUGAAAAAGAAAAAUCAGAUUCCCAUCAAGAUGGAAAUGAACUUGGUAAUCAGGAUGUUAAGGAGAUAGUUUCAUGUACUGAAAAGGGUUUGCAAGAACCAUCAUCUACAAGAGCAAAAGAAACUAAAUCAGGUCUUGAAGUUGAGAAUAAAGAUACCUCAGCUAUAACCUCAAGUGAAAGCCUAAAGCAUGUAAAUGCUUCCCUGGAAAACUUGACCAAUGUGAAGGAUAGCCUUUCUUCUAAUCAACCGCAUGUGAACUCAGAUGCAGCUGUCUUAAAUUCAUGCAGUAGUACUGAAAGUAUAGUGUACAGCCAGGAAAAGAAAGUUGUUGGCUGUUCGCCAGGGCCAAAGUCCUCACCUGAUAUAGCAGAUGUACCUGUUACACAUAAUGUCCAGCAGAACACUAAACAAGAGACUGUUGAGCUGAAUAUGGUCGAGAAGCAGUCUGACACAAGCAUGCCACUCAAAUUGGAGUCACUGUGUCCUGAACCUGAGAACCAGCACACAUGUGGACAACAAAGUAUAGAUACCGUUAAAAAGAGCGGCGGUACUACCAAAAAGUCCCGGUGGGAUAUUGUUGGGCAGGACACCUCAGAGAGUGAUAAUUCACAGAGGAUGCUUAGUGCAGAGAGUAAGCCUACUGUUAAAAAAGUAAUCUCUGUCAAAAAAAUAGAGUUUUCUAAAGACAAUAGCCAACAAGACUCUGAUAUUAAAGAUAAUAUUCAACCAGAACCUGAAACACAUUCCACACUGGUAAAGCAGACUGAGAUCUCUAAGCAGGAGGUCGGCUCAGACAGCACAUCCAUGAUCGAUAAAUACAAAGACCAAAGUGAGCCUUCACGAGCAAGCACCAGCAUUGACCACUGUGACUUAAAACUGACUGUUUCUCAAAAAACAAACACAGAUGAGCCUCUGCACAUAAAUGAUACAUCCCAGGUUGAUGCAGCGGCAAAGAUUAACAGUUGGAAUGGAAAUGACCUCAAUGAAACAUCAAAGGACAGCGGUCACAAAAACAAAUUGAGUAAGAGAACAUCACUUCAUCAGGAUGCAUUAGGAGGACAGAGUGAGGGCAGUGAUAGUGAUAACUCGGAGUACGACUCCGAUUGUGGUGAGGCUAUAAAACGAUUGCACUCUGUGGUGGUGGUGCCAAAGAAUUCUUCCCUAACAAUGGAUACCAAGGACACGGGAGCUUCCUGUAGUCCUAUGAAUAUUUCAGAACUGCACAAUGCCAAUACAGCAGCUGACAUGAAUACCCAUGAAGUCCCAAAUGAAGUCAGCUCCCAACAAAGACAGAGUCCUUCCACUGUAUUUGGGGAGACCAGUGGUCCAUUUGCUGGUGUAAAUAACUCAUCCAAUAGCAGUAUGUUGUGUCAAUCCCAGAGCAAUAUGAUUGACAGCACCAGUCACUCUGAGGGUUCCAGUACCAUCAGUGCCCUGCCUUACAUGGCUGGUCGUAUCAGUGCCCAUGGAAGUGCCACAGAUCCUGCUCACAGCCUUGAUAAUUCCAGACAGUGUGAACAAGGGCACAAACAGCACACUUUAAGUAGCAGAGGUGAACGGCUGUACUCCCAUUAUCAACAAGGUGAUUUCUCAAAUGCUGACAAUAUCAAUGACAAGAAUGGAUUCAUCCUGGGUUGGGAGUUUUCGCAAACAGAGCAGCCAAGUAGUACAUACCAGCAGCCUGAUAGCAGUCAUGGGCCACAGUUAACAAACACUAAGUUGGUGGGAAACUCUCCCAAGGGACAGGAGCACAGGCAGAAUAAUGCCAUCUGGAACCAUCAAUCCCCAAACAUGCAGACUAGCAGAAAACCUUACCUCCAUGCACAUGAACAUUAUCAGGAUCCAGCAGGUGAAAUCCAUCCUGACUCUCUAACUAAUGACCAUGACGACUACAGUGGGGAUAAACCAUCAGAUCUUAGUAAAACAGCUGUUGAAUGGAAUGGACCUAACACUGCAGGGUCAUCAAGCUUUGUACAAGGGCAUGAAAUAAGCAGCAACAGUAGGGGCUCUGUUGUGCCUGACCCCCCUAGAGAAGACAAUUUUAGACCCCACAGAGGGAGAGGCCCUCCCAAGAAAAGGCGGCCGGAGAUUGAGUCAGAUUCAGACAAUGAGGCAGAGGCUGGGCCUGCAGGCAAAAGGGAGCGUCAAGGAGAUAUUGACAUCUCUAAGGAAACUCUUGUCAAAGCUGAGGCGCAACGUCCAUCACUCACUCUGCAGGACUUUCAAGAUGCCAAUAAAUGGAAAGAGCAUUCCAAGUCUAAAAAGAUGCCCCCUUACUUUGACCUGAUUGAGGAGAACCUCUACUUGACUGAGAGAAAGAAAAGCAAAUCUCAUCGAGAUAUAAAGAGGAUGCAGUGUGAGUGCCCAGUGCUGCCCAGAGAGGAGCGCUCAAGGGGAGUAUUGGCAUGUGGGGAAGACUGUUUAAAUCGGCUGCUGAUGAUUGAGUGCUCAUCACGAUGCUUAAAUGGAGUCUACUGCUCUAAUCGACGCUUUCAGAUGAAACAACAUGCAGACUUUGAAGUUAUCCUCACAGAAGACAAAGGCUGGGGUCUACGGGCAGCUAAAGACUUGACUUCAAACACCUUUGUACUGGAAUACUGCGGGGAGGUGCUGGACCACAAGGAGUUCAAAACAAGAGUGAAAGAAUAUGCUCGCAAUAAGAACAUCCAUUACUACUUCAUGUCUCUAAAAAAUAAUGAGAUCAUUGAUGCAACGUUAAAGGGAAAUUGCUCCCGGUUCAUGAACCACAGCUGUGAGCCCAACUGUGAGACCCAAAAGUGGACCGUUAAUGGCCAGCUUAGAGUUGGGUUCUUCACCACCAAGGCCGUCACUGCAGGGACUGAACUGACAUUUGAUUACCAGUUCCAGAGAUACGGCAAAGAAGCACAGAAAUGCUUCUGUGGCGCACCCAGCUGCAGAGGCUUCCUGGGUGGAGAGAACAGAGUUAGUGUUCGAGCAGCUGGAGGGAAGAUGAAGAAAGACCGCAGUCGAAAGAGUGCUCUCACCACGGUUGAUGAGGAACUGGAGGCGCUACUGGAGAAUGGAGAAGGCCUGUAUGAUGAGAAACAGGUGGUGUCUCUCUGCAGACUAAUGGUCCGAGUGGAGACCAUGGAGCAGAAACUCAUCUGUCUCAAGCUCAUACAAGAUACUCAAAAUCCAUCAUGCCUGAAGCAGUUCCUGGACCAUCAUGGAUUGUCUCUGCUGUGGAUCUUCAUGGUGGAGCUUUCUGAAGCCAAAGGCAACAGUGCAAACAACAUCAAAUUGCAGUUAGAGAUCAUGAAGACGCUGGCUGUGCUUCCCAUCUCAACUAAGAACAUGUUGGAAGAGAGCAGAGUCCUGACCUUCAUUCAGCGAUGGGCCCAAACAAAAACUCUCCCUCACCCUGCUGAGAUGGAUGGCUACUCCAGUGAGAACACCUCCCGUGCUCAAACACCCCUCAACACUCCUGAUGGUUCCUCCACCAAACUGGGACCCGAAUUAGAUGGUGACACCUCCAAACCUGCUGUGUACCGCCGCCUUAAAAUCAUCAGUGAAAACAGUCUAGACAGUGCACUCUCUGAUGCUAGCAAAGCAUCUGAUGGGAAGGAGGAGGAGGAGGAAGAUGAUGAUGAGGAGGAAGAUGAAAACUCACACGCAGGACUCCCUGACGGCAAACAGUUGAAGGCAGACCCAGUGUGUGAAGCCACAGAUCCAACAAAAGAUGCGAUGGAAGAGUCAGAGAAAGAGGUCGAAGGGGAGAAACAGGAAGAGGCAGGGAUGAGUUCUAGCACUCAGCCCCAACCUCAAACUGAGGAGGAGAAAGACAAAGUGGAGUUGGAUUUGGAGAAGAAGGACACUGAGAUGAAAGAGGACACAAGUGAGGGUCUGAAGGAUGAACCUGAGGAGUCAAAGGAGACUGGCGAGGAACAGGAGAGUGUGGAGGAGCAGGCCAGUCUGGCAGUGACAGAAAAGGCUGAACUGGAAAGUGACCAGUCUGCUGUAAAAGUUCUUGAGCCAGAGAGUCAGUCCAUCCAAACAGGUGUUUCUGAACUUCCACCUGAGCAGCCUUCAGAGCAGAUGGAAGCACAGGCAGAGACACAAGAGCCUGAGAAGGCUCCUCUUGACAGUGAAGUGCAACCUGGUGAAUCUACCACUGAUGCUCCCCCAAGCUCUGAGAUCCCAGAAGCCAGUAUGCCCUCUGAGGUCACAGUGGCCCCUGUGGACCCAUCAGUGAUAGGAACUCCUUCUCAGGAUGAAGAGGAAGGUGUCUCAGAUGUGGAGAGUGAGAGGAGUCAGGAGCCCCCGCUCACUACUUUGGACAUUAGCGGCAUGGCUGCCAGGCUUCUGGAUAGCUGGAAGGAUCUAAAGGAGGUGUACAGAAUACCAAAGAAGAGUCAGGUCGAAAAGGAAGCAAAUGAUCGCAGCCGAGAUCGAGACACAGCUUUGACACCACGCAACACUUCUGGGAGCCGAGAACGUGAAAGGGAGCGAGAGAAGGAGAGGGAACGAGACAGAGACUAUGAUCGUGACCGGGAUCGUGACCGAGACAGGGACCGGGACCGUGAUCGAGAUCGAGUCUCUGACAAAACUCCCCGCAGCACUGAGAGACGGAGGAGACGCUCUGUGUCUCCACCAUCAUCCUAUGAAAGGAGCAGUCGACGCACUGAAGAACGGUUUGACCCAUCUAACAGCAACAAGACACCGAGAGGAGUCAGUGGCAAGGAGCGCAACAAACUGUCCACAGAGGAGCGCAGAAAGCUGUUCGAGCAGGAGGUUGCUCAGAGGGAAGCCCAGAAACAACAACAGCUUCAACAACAGCAGCAGCAGCAGCUUCAAACUAUGGCUUAUGACCCUGCUCUGGCCUAUGCCUCCAGCCCUGGCUAUAUAACCUACCCCCCCGGAUAUCCUAUUCAGACCUUUGUGGAUCCCACCAACCCCAAUGCAGGCAAAGUAUUGCUCCCUACCCCUUCAGUUGAACCCACCAUGAACUAUGAACAGACUCCUCCUCAGCGACUUAUCUCAGACCUGGGACUUACCUCUCCAUCCUCCACCUCCCAAGCCACUCCAGUCUCUAAUCUCUCUCAGCACAUCACCACCACCAACCUCGCAGCUGGAAACCCCCAGCAGUAUGCCCAGCCAACUGUAGCAACUCAGGACGCAGGUGUAGCUGUCCUCUCUGUACCAGCCCAGACGGCCCCUCAGGUACAGAGCCAGCAGAGCUACACCACUCUCUGGGACCCUGCCACUCAGCAGGCAGUGACUGUGCAGACCCAGCCAGCACAGCAGUAUGCCACAGCUCCAGCUCCAGCACAAGCCCAGACACAGACAGCCAUCUAUUACCAGGGCCAGCCUUGCCAAACCAUCUACAGUAUCCCCACCGCCUACCCUCAGGCUAACACUCCAGUCAUACAGGCGUACACUGAACCCACAGCCAGCUACUUGCAUGGCCAGCCGGUGUAUCCCGGCCAUCAACAGGGAGUGGUGGUGCAGCAGGGAGGCACAGUCACCACCAUUGUCACAUCCCAAACUGUGCAACAGGAAAUGAUUGUACCCAACAAUGUGAUAGACCUGCCUCCUCCCUCUCCCCCUAAACCCAAAACUAUCGUCCUACCUCCCAAUUGGAAAGUGGCUCGAGACCCUGAAGGGAAGAUCUACUACUACCACAUUGUCACAAGGCAAACACAGUGGGACCCUCCAACCUGGGAGGGAAGUAGCGACAACACUAGUGUGGACCAUGAAUCUGAAAUGGACCUGGGAACACCCACGUAUGAUGAGAAUCCUUCCAAGUUCUCCACGAAGACAGCUGAAGCUGACACUUCGAGUGAACUGGCUAAAAAGAGUAAAGAGACAUUUCGGAAAGAGAUGUCCCAGUUCAUCGUGCAAUGUUUAAAUCCUUAUCGGAAGCCAGACUGCAAAUUGGGACGCAUCAGCAACACCGAAGACUUCAAACACCUGGCUAGAAAGCUGACUCAUGGAGUUAUGAAUAAGGAGCUGAAAGCUUGUAAGAAUCCUGAGGACCUCGAGUGUAACGAGAAUGUGAAGCACAAGACCAAGGAGUACAUCAAGAAGUACAUGCAGAGAUUUGGCUCUGUAUACAGGCCCAAGGAGGACACAGAGGUGUACUAGCCUCAGAGGCCACAGAUGUUAUACUUGCUCUGUGUUAACACAGGAGAAGCACAGAUUUGCCUUUCCAUUCACUCCUACAUGUAUGAACUGGCCAGCUUGAACCGUGAAGUAGUUUCUUACCUGUAUUUAUAACUAAGAAUUGCACUGCACAGGAGCUCUCCAGGCCCCAUGGAUCAUGGAGGAGCCCCAUACUAGAGACUGUCGGAGACUCGAGUGCUGCUGAACGACCCGAGACUCCAGGUGCAGUGUUUUCAAUGGACGACACUGAGGGGUGCUAUAGAGACUAAUGUUCUCACUGAUCGUUUGAUUUUUAGCUUUUUUUUUUUUUUUUUUUUCCCAUUUGUGGCUCUUAAAUGUUCCCGAGAUGAUCACCUCAAUUCCACUUUUUAAACUCUUCUAGCCCUGAAUGAGGAUUACUCAACGGAAUCAGCUUUGGUAUCAUACACAUCAAAUUUCUUUGUUACUUUCCACUGUUAAAAAAAUGGAUCAAUAACAGA